AUGACAAGAAACCAUCCUGGAUAUCUGGGGGGGUCCCCAAUAAAGCUCUCCAAUGUGCCUUACAAAUGGACCCCAAGGACAUACCGACCGGAAUGUGGAUUUCGCAACACCCGCGAUAGUACGCCUUCCUAA